GCCUUUCGAAGAUUACAGCACAGUUUCUACGCGGCGGGCGCACCUCGGGCGGCGGGCCGGGGCGGGGCCCCCAGCGCACGGCCCGCGGGGCCGGGGGGCCGGGCCCGGGGCUCCAGGUCUCGGAACCGCGGGGCGGAGCAGUGCGUUCCGGCCCCGGGGCGUGGCCCGCGCAGGUGCGGCGAGAGGCUGGAGUUUCACUGAAACUUAUCCGGUUCUUGGGAGGCGUGCGCGCAGGCUCCAAUCAGGGGCAGGCGGGAGGGUGGCUUCCUACCUGAGCAGAUCGGCGAGGGGAACUCUUGAGUUUCGGGGCUGUGGCGGCGGCGGGCUCCCCGUCCGCCCGGCGUCGGCGCUGCUGGAAGGAUGCGAAGCCGGAGCGCGGCGUGGCUGCUCGGGGGUGUCCUCCUGCUGGCGGCCUCUGCCUCCUGCAACCGCACCGUCCCAGGAAACAAGAGAUUGUCUAAAGGAAGAAGCCUCAUCGGCAGCGUGGCUGACUCACCUGUGGUCAGUGGCAGAGGAGUGACGGUGAAACCAGGCUUUUCCGUGGAUGAGUUUUCUACCUCCGUCCUCACUGGAAAGCUGACCACUGUCUUUCUUCCAGUUGUCUACACGAUCGUAUUCGUGGUUGGUUUGCCAAGCAAUGGCAUGGCCCUGUGGGUCUUUCUUUUCCGAACAAAGAAGAAGCACCCCGCUGUGAUUUACAUGGCCAACCUGGCCUUGGCCGACCUCCUCUCGGUUACCUGGUUCCCCUUGAAGAUCGCGUAUCACAUCCAUGGCAACAACUGGACUUACGGGGAGUCUCUUUGCAAGGUGCUUAUUGGCUUUUUCUACGGCAACAUGUACUGCUCUAUCCUCUUCAUGACCUGCCUCAGCGUGCAGAGAUACUGGGUCAUCGUGAACCCCAUGGUGCACCCCAAGAAGCAGGCAAACAUUGCCAUCGGCGUCUCCCUGGGAAUAUGGCUGCUCAUUCUGCUGCUUACCAUCCCCUUGUACGUCGUGAAGCAGACCGCCUACAUCCCGGCCCUUAACAUCACGACCUGCCACGAUGUUUUGCCAGAGGAGGUGCUGGUGGGAGACAUGUUCAAUUACUUCCUCUCUCUGGCCAUCGGAGUCUUCCUGUUCCCAGCCUUCCUCACGGCCUCGGCCUAUGUGCUCAUGAUCCGGACCCUCCAGUCUUCUGCCAUGGAUGAGAGCUCGGGAAAGAAGAGGCGGAGGGCCAUCAAGCUCAUUGUCACCGUGCUGGCCAUGUACCUGAUCUGCUUCACCCCCAGUAACCUUCUGCUCGUGGUGCACUACUUCCUGAUCAAGACCUGGGGCCAGAGUCACGUCUACGCCCUGUACAUCGUCGCCCUCUGUCUCUCCACCCUCAACAGCUGCAUCGACCCCUUUGUCUAUUACUUCAUCUCACAGGACUUCAGGGAUCAUGCCAAGAAUGCGCUUCUCUGCCGGAGCGUCCGUACUGUAAAGCAGAUGCAGGUAUCCAUCUCGUCAAAGAAAUUCUCGGGGAAAUCCAGCUCUUACUCUUCGAGUUCAACCAGUGUCAAAGGCUCCUACUGAGUGGUCCGGUUCCUCGGUGGAAGUUCUGCUGGAGGCUUUGGAGCCUGCUUACCAUUCCGGAGAUGCUUCUGUUGUUUCCUAACCAAGUAGGUUUCACCACAUACCAUGCAUAUGCAGCACCUCUCAGGGUGGCUGGAAGCUUCCCUGUUUGCAUGAGGAAAGUCCCCCCAAUUCACGUGGAAUGUCAGUUUCAGAAUUCCUCUACUCAGGGGCUCCCAGAAAUGGAACUGAUCAAAGCAGACUUUUCAGACGGUGCAGAAAAGACAGAAGCCCCAUGAAGUGCAAAGACUAGUCUUGGCGUGAAGGCUUAAGUUUUUAGCUGCAGCUACGUUUCUUUUACAUCUGGGGUCGGCCCAGAUGUAUUAGGGCUUCAGGGCCCUCAGAGAUGAUCAGUACAGUUGACUGGCUAUACAGAUGGGGAAACUAAAGAGGUGGGGGAGCUGCCGCAAGUCAGGUUUCCAACCAACGGCAACAAGUUUGAAGGGUGGGGUUCUUGUACCACUUCAUCAAAAUCAUUGUGCAUCUUGUUUGAAAAUGUAGAUUUAUCGUACUCAGGAAUCAGAGCUCAGAGUCUGGGGCAGGGCCCAGGAACCUGCAUUUUAACAAGUCUUUCUUACACUCCAGUGUUUGGGAACCUUUGGUCUGGGUACUGCUUCCACUUGACAAGGAGCCAUGGCAAUUUUUGAAAAAUGAACCAAAACAGAACGUUUUGUAUCUCUUUCCCGUCCAGCUCAGAACAAAGUCUGUUCAUUGACUCAUUGGGACUUCCAAUCAUUUCUUUAUUAAUGCUUUGAGCUUUUGUAUGUAUCGUUAUCACUUCAAGGAAAAUACGACGAGCAUUUUAAAUGUGGAAAAGCUAAUUUUGUGUCUUUACUGACUUCAGUGAAAUCUUCAGGUUGUCUGAAUAGUAGAUUUUUUCACAACUAAGAAUAGUGUUUACCACCUAGUAUUUUUAGAAAUUAUUGGACUAUUUAUUGUCAGUUUUGUUGACUUUUUAUCAAAUAUGAAAUGAUAAAGCCGUCUCUUGAGUUUGAACCACAUCUGUUUGGAAGAGAACACUAAAAUAGAGAUGAUUUGCAAUGUAUUUUAAAAGGUACUUGACUCCAAGCUGACUUUAUGCAACUGUUGUAUUUGUGACCUUUUAAAAUAAUUAUUUUACUGUAUGAUUGAUUUAUAAAUAACACAUGACUUUUAUUUUUUACUGCUUAUCUCUGAAUUGUGUGGUUUUUGCUUUCAUUUUUGUUUUCAAUGAACGGAGAGUAGGGAAAUAAAGGCAUCACUCUUCUAAGAAGAAAUGAAAGUGAUUCUCACAUCUUAUUCUUUAUGUAAAGAGGGUCAUAUUGUACACAUUGCUCUGUAAUAAUUAUUUUUCUUUUAACUACAUUUUAGAAUUCUUCACAUGUCUGCAUCUAUGGAUUGACCUCCAUUUUUAAAGGAUACAAGCUACUUAAUAUUUUGGGUAUAUUGUGAGGUUUUAGUCAUGUGGUCAUUUCCAUACUUAUGGCUCCUGGAGUUGUUUCUCUCUCCCUCUCUUUUUUUCUCUGUUAAAACAGUGCCACACUGAACAUCCGUAUGUAGGCGUCUUUGUGAGUAUUUCUGUAGGAUGAGGGCUUCUUGAUGGCUCAGCUGGUAAAGAAUCUGCCUGUGGUGUGGGAGACCUGGGUUCGAUCCCUGGGUUGGGAAGAUCCCCUGGAGAAGGGAACAGCUACCCACUCCAGUAUUCUGGCCUGGAGAAUCCCAUGGACUGUAUAGUCCAUGGUGUCGCAAAGAGUCGGAUACGACUGACCGACUUUCACUUUCAUUGUAGGAUGAGUUCCAGAAAGUAGAAUGGCCAGGUCAGAAGUUGGGUGCUCAUUUUAAAUUUUGGUAACACUUGCCAAAUGGCCUUCAGUAGUGUAUACUUCUACCAAAAAGUGUGUUUGCACUUAUUUCCAGAAAUGCUCAUCCAUCAGUCUUUUGAAAUGUUUGGAAAACAUCUGUUGCAUUAGUUCGUAUUGAGGCAGCAGGGCUCCCGCCAGGCAAGGUUGAAUUCUGACUCCGUCAUGUCUUUGUUUUGGUUUCCUGAGGAAGAUGCUUCUCUGUGCCUCAGUUUCUUGUUUGUAAAAUGCAGGUUAGGAUGAAACGUUUGGCACGUCCUCAUAAGUUUAAUGUAGCAUUAUUACUGUUCGUCUCUGACGACAGAUGUGAUCUCAUUUCUGGUCUGCCGCCUUUCGCUUCUUGGCCAGAUGCACCCUGCCUUCCUUGCCGGCUCAGCUCUCCGUCUCAUGGCAGGCUUCCUCAUGGUCGGCUUGCUUCCAUUUUACAGGUGGGAAAGCAAAAGAUGGCCUACCCAGGGUAAAAGCGAGCAGAAACAAAUGGCUCACAGGCUGAUCCAGUGGAAAGCAUUUUUUUGGUCUUUGCUAUUUCUUUGUUAUCAUUUUUAUAAUACAUGCUGAUAGUAAAAAAAAAAAAAAACCAAACAAUAAAAAUAUAUAAAAUGAAAAAUGUACUUCUUUGCCACUCCUGUCCAUUCUUAUCUCACAAAGGGAACUAAUGUUUACAAUUGUUUAUAGAAAAUGUAUGUACUUUGUAUGUAUGUUAUACUCUUUAAGAAUGAAUGUGUUUGUGUAUGUAAAUACAUAUACGUACAUGUAUAUGCCAACUUCUAAAUUAAUUCACAUGGAUCUUCCUCCUUUUGUUCAGUGACGUAUUCCGUACCUGAGUGAUCAUAAUUUUAAUCCCUACCCUAUGGAAGAAGGCUUUUUCUUGGUUCAUUUUCACCAAAUCUGUGAAUCUACAUGAAGGAAGUGUACAAGAAAUGAUCUGGGAAAUAGAAUCAUAAGAGCGUCUGUUUGCUGAAUCAAA